AUGAGUGCAAUAAUUGUGUUUGGCGCUUCUUGUCUUGAUUAUAUCGCGCAAGUCAAUCAUUUUCCUCAACCAGAUGAAAAACUACGUACAAAUUCAUUAACAAUAUGUGGUGGGGGCAAUGCUGGUAAUACAGCAACAUGCCUCAGUCGUUUAGGUAUCAAACUAAAGCUUGUAACAAAAAUUGGGAAUGAUUUAAAUGGCGAAAAAAUUCUUCAAGGUUUUCAGGAAGAAAAAAAUAUUGAUACAUCAUUGAUUCUUAUCCGAUCAACAGUGACAAGUCAGUUGACAUAUAUUAUUGUUGAUAUAGAAUCAAAAACUCGAACAUGCCUAUACAGUGCAAACAAUGAACAGGUGCUUAUCGACGAUAUUAAUCCUCAGUGGUUAAACGAAAUUAAUUUUAUUCAUUUUGACAGUCGAUCAACUGAAGCUGCUGUUCGAUUAGCCACAUUAGCGAAAGAGAAAUCCAUCCUAUGUUCACUUGAUAUUGAACGUGAACGACCUUUCAUAAGCGAAUUAAUACCUUUGAUGGAUUAUAUAAUAACAACAGAAAAUUAUUCACGAAACGUCUGUAAGGAUUCUACAUUGAUACACACAGCUGUGCGUUUUCUUGCAACAUGUCGAUUUGUUAUCAUAACUUGUGGUGAAAACGGAAGUAUUCUUGUUGAGAAAUUCAAUAAAACAUCGUUUGAUGAAGUUAAAAAAAAUGCAGAUCAUGAAAGUAUCGUUAUACAGGAAAUUAUGCGUAUGAAUGAAGAAGAUUUUGUUGUAUGGAAAUGUAGUGCAUGGCCUAUUGAAUCGAAAGAUAUUAUUGAUACAACAGGUAGUGGAGAUGCAUUCAUUGGCGGUAUUAUCUAUGGACUAUUGACAAAGGAAGUCUGGUCCAGAGAUCAAUUACUUCGUUUUGCAUCUUAUAUAGCUACAUGCAAAUUAAAAGGUAUUGGAGCACGUUCUUCAUUACCUUAUGUUUCAGAUAUUGAUAUGAAUUGGUUUUCUUAA